GAGGUCACUGCAAGCGCUGGAGAUCCAGGGCACAGUCCCGGUGUGAGUGGAAACCAGAACGGGGGGAGAGCACCGCUGUCAGACAGACGCAGGACCGUUUACAACCGCUCAUCAUCGCAGCAGGGAUCCAGUCAUAAAACUAUACCAGCACCGAGGCUUUAUUGUACGGAGACACCCGGAUCUAAAGACGAUCAGCCUUCUGUCAGAUCAGUCCACUUCCUCCUUUAUUCCCUCCACAUCACCCUUGUAAAAAUGGGGUGAUUGUGUUUUUUAUCAUCUAGUAAACUGACCUGGAACAAGGCCUGUGUAGAUCUCCUGAUGUCAGAAGAUUCAGACUCCAAGCCCUACUGCUUCCUGGGUUUGGAGAAUCAGGAUGGAGCCUUGGGGUGCAGAGCGUCCACCUCGUGCAGCUCUAUCCCAAGAGGGGACCCAGGGUGCAGCUCCCUGGCACAGCUGCACCGCAUGGGUGCCUACAGCCAAGGUAGGCCUGACCUAGGCCUCCCUUCAGAGGGCAGCGACAGCAGCGGUCAGGACCCUCCUGCUUCGCCAGAUAACCCUCGCAAGAACGCUCGCUCUCGAUCCCUCGCCGAGGAGGAUGUGGAGAUGAAGAGUAGCGGAUCCAGUGGGAGUGGGACUGAGUCACAUGGCAAUGAAAGCCACGGCAAUGAAAGUCAUGGAAAUGACAGCAAUGGCCAUGAGUCAGUGGGCAGCUCCAGUGGUAACAGCAAAGACUCGGCACUGCUUGAAUCUUCUGAGAGCAAUAAGAGUUCAAACUCCCAGAGUCCAUCUCCUCCAAGCAGUUCAAACGCCUUCAGCCUGAUGAGCUCAGAGCAGGAUAACCCUUCAACUAGCGGCUGCAGUAGUGAGGAGUCCGCCAAAGCCAAGACCCAGAAGGAAGUGAUUAAAACUCUGAAAGAGCUGAAGCUUCACUUGCCUGCUGACAAGAGACACAAUAAAAAGUCAACUACACUGAACACCCUAAAGUACGCACUUCGUUGUGUGAAGCAGGUGGAAGCCAAUGAAGAGUAUUACCAGCUCCUGAUGAACAAUGACAGUCUGCCUUCAGGCCUGGAUGUGUCUUCAUACACAAUAGAGGAGAUAGACAGCAUCACCUCUGAAUAUACCCUCAAAAACAAUGAUAUUUUUGCAGUGGCAGUGUCUCUUAUUACAGGAAGGAUAGUUUACAUUUCUGAUCAGGCUGCCUCCAUCCUCAACUGUAAAAGAGACGUGUUCAAAAACAGCAAGUUUGUGGAGUUUCUGACGCCGCAGGAUGUUAGCGUCUUUUACAGCUUCACAACGCCUUACCGCCUGCCCUCCUGGAGCAUGUGCACUGGAGCAGAGUCAUCCCCGCCUGACUGCAUGCAGGAGAAGUCCUUUUUCUGUCGUAUCAGCGGUGGUAAGGAGUGUGAGGGUGACCUGCAGUACUAUCCAUUCCGCAUGACGCCUUACCUGAUGAAGGUCCAGGACACAGUGCAUACUGAAGACCAGUUUUGCUGCCUCCUCCUGGCUGAGAGGGUUCACUCUGGAUAUGAUGCACCCAGAAUUCCACCAGACAAGCGGAUCUUCACCACCACUCACUCUCCAACCUGUGUGUUCCAGGAUGUGGAUGAGAGGGCAGUACCUCUUCUUGGGUACCUCCCCCAGGACCUGAUUGGCACCCCAGUCCUCUGCCACCUGCAUCCCAAUGACCGCCCAAUCAUGCUGGCCAUUCACAGAAAGAUCCUUCAGUACGCAGGGCAACCGUUUGACCACUCAUCCGUCCGGUUCUGUGCACGAAAUGGAGAAUACAUCAUCUUGGACACCAGCUGGUCCAGUUUUGUCAACCCUUGGAGCCGCAAGGUCUCCUUUGUUAUUGGGAGACACAAAGUCCGCAUGGGACCCGUUAAUGAAGACAUUUUCAUGGCCCCAGCCUCAGGUGUCAGAGAGAUGAAGACUAUGGACUCUGAUGUCCAGGAAAUUACUGAGCAGAUCCAUCGGCUCCUGCUACAACCGGUUCAUAACAGUGGGUCCAGUGCCUAUGGUAGUCUGCACAAUAAUGACCACUUUCUGGACGUGGCCUCCUCCAAUGAGAGCCUAACCUACAGCAGCAAGAUGCAUCAACCAGAAGAGGAAGUGAGGGGCAAAGCCAGACCUCGAACUUUUCAGGAAAUCUGUAAAGGAAUUCAUCUUCAGAAGAGAGAAGAGCAUCAGACAGCCAAGCCAGACAACAAGAAAAGCAAUGCCAAAUCUGUACAGAAGAAGAGCCAAGCCGUGGUGCGACCCAAAAACUCAGCUGCUCCUGUUAACUGGAGGGAGGUGGGGUCAACUAUGGAGGAGAGCAGAGCUUCUUUCCAGGAGGAGCUGGCCUUCAAUGAUCAGACUGUCCACUCCUACCAGCAGAUCAGCUGCCUGGACAGUGUUAUCAGGUACUUGGAGAGCUGUAAUGUUCCCAUCCCCAUGAAGAGGAAAUGCCAGUCUCUCUCUAACACCACAUCCUCAAACUCAGAUGAGGACAAACAGAAAGGAUCCAACUGCAUGCAGGUGUCUGCUGAACCAUCCUUGUUGAAGGAUCAGUCUGGUCUCUCUGCUUUGGAUGAUCAAGACAAAAAGACCACUGAUGCAGCCACAGCGGUAGUGGGCACUUCGCGGCCCCUACCCGUACCAAACAAACCAGAAAGUGUGGUGUCCAUAACCAGCCAGUGUAGCUACAGUAGCACCAUAGUGCAUGUUGGGGACAAGAAACCUCAACCCGAGUCAGAGAUCAUAGAGGAUCUACCAGGCACAGGGGAAGCAGCAGAAUCCAGCCAGAAUCUUGCAGCUUCUUCCUCUGCAGUUUCACCUCCCAGUCAGGAGAAAGAGUCCUACAAGAAACUGGGGCUGACCAAGCAGGUUCUGGCAGCGCAUACGCAGAAGGAGGAGCAGGCCUUUCUGUAUCGCUUCAGAGAGCUUCGCAGGCUCUCACCACUCGAAGCAAGCUGCUCUGAGUACUUGGAGCGGCAGAAAGAACAGAUUGGCAGCAAUGCUGCACCUGCUGCUCGACCCAAACAAGGUGCACUGUUUGCAGAGCCGACCACGCGGAGAGGUACACGGAAUAAGAAAACCAAGUCAAAGCGCGCAAAGCAGGUGGAGUCCUCAGACAGCACGGUGUCACACCACAGACUGCAAAUGCUACGGCCUCCUCUUCUCAACUACAGCCUUAACCAGACGUCUUGGUCCCCCUCUGAAGCCUCACAGUCUGCUUUUCCCAUGGCCUAUCCUGCCGUCAUGCCAGGCUACCCUCUCCAGGUUUACCCCAGAGUUGAUUCCAUAGCUCCACGGACAGAUGCCACUCCACAAGACUUUAGGGACAACCAGGGUCCUCAAGCCCCUCCCAGCUCCUCAUCCAUCCAUUCUGUUCCCUACACCUCCCCAAUGGUCACCCCUAUUGUAGCUCUAGUUCUGCCCAAUUACAUGUACCCGAUAAUGGGCCCUGGUCCUCCACCACAACAGCCAAUGUACCAAGCAGAGACUGGGGUCUUCCCCACCCAAAUACUGCCUUUUGGUCAGGCUGCCUUUCCAUUCCCAUCUUCCUUCAGCAGUCAGAGUCAGCUCAACACCCAGAGCCAUAUUACUCCUCAAGCAGGCAACUCAACUCCAUCAUUCUAUGUCCCUCCAUCCUCGGAAACCCCGAAGCCCUCUGUGGAAGCACAGUCUCGGUCCUCAACGCCACAGUCUGGAAGAGCUGAAGGCCAGGCGUCCCCUUGCUUGUUCCAGUCACGCUGCAGCUCACCCCUUAAUCUGCUGGAGCUGGAGCUGAGUGUGGACAGGCAGGACAGUACGAUGCUCUCCUCUGGAGGACAAGGGAAUAAUACGGCUGAGAGGGCGCAAGGAGCAAGUGCCAACCAGGCUAAGGCGAGGGAGCUGAAUCAGCCAUCUCUCAGUCUCCUUGGUCCACCAGGACCCUUGUAUUUCGGGGGUACAGCCUGUGUCUAUGAGCAUUUGUCUUGGGAUAAAGUGUGCUCUAGGCUGAGGGCUUUCAGCAAAGAGACAAGCUCACAUGGUGAUUGUAACAACAGCGAUGCCAACUCUUCAUCCAGUGACAUGCUGAACAUUAUCCUCCAAGAGGACUCCUUUUCAGGCACUGGGUCAGCCACCUCGGGGUCCAUGGGCUAUAGAACUUCAGCCAGUGGGAUGUCGAACAGUGGAACAUCUGAGGGCAGGACGUCAGCCAGCAGAGUCUCAGAAAGCACCAACAGUAGUAAAUACUUUGGCAGUGUGGACUCAUCUCAGCAAAGCCAGAAGGUCAAAGGUCAUCCGGGCUGCAGAGCGGGAAGACCGACAGAAAUGGAGCAGAGCGACCAUUUCAUCAACAAUAUUGAAAAAGUGCUCAGAGAGGACAAAGAGAAGCUGAGGCUGCUGCAGAAGAGCCAGCCACGCUUCUCUGAGGAGCAGAAGAAGGAGCUGAUAGAGGUCCACCCCUGGAUCAAGAAGGGAGGUCUACCCAAAGCCAUAGAUGUCAAGAUGUGCUCCUGCUGUAAUGAUGCAUCAGAGGCUGCAGCAGCAGAGGAUCAGUCAGACCUAGACCUCGGUGAAUGUGAGACGGGGGAGGUCGGCUACCAGCCCUCAGACCCUACUGACACAUCCUGCCACGACUCUCCUUCGGGCUCCGGAUCUCAGACACAGACAGCGGGACAUUAAACUUCUCGAGGUUUCCAGAGUGACUUUUUUAGCCACUGGCCUGUUGUUCUUCAGAGCUGUGAAAAGCAGCCUUUGAAGAGGGACCAGCUUUAAAUGUGCUCUUACUGUUUCUCUCUCGCUGUUUUGUGAGGUAUUCCUGUGUAGAUGCCAGCAAAAAAAAAAAACUGGAUAAUACAAUCAAGACUUUUGUAGAAUGUGAAUAUAUGUAGUAGAUAUGACAUGACAUUAUAUUUUAAUGUACUUUAAGUCCUUCACCAUAUUGUUGCUUGGGGGGGGGAUUGCUGUCUCUAAAGACUGCACCUGUUUAUAUUGUCAUCAUCUCUUUGUAGCAUGUUGCCAUGUGUGGCUUUAAAGUGUUUUAUAGACUCAUUACAGGGAACAGAGCCCAAUAAGGGAAAAAGAAAGUGUGCUGAUAUGUCAGUCAGCACAGUAGAGGUCAAACAAACAUCAGUCAGCUGGGGGGGCCGCUUUCAGUGGCUCUGCUGUGUUCAACAAUUUCAGUAUUUUGCAGCGUUUCCUUAGUUACGACGGCACCACUCUACGUCAGCUUCUGUCAGUUCUGUCAUUCAUCCACAUCAAGCACCAAAUAAACACAAGUGUACUUUGUGGGCUGGAUGAAGAAUUUAAAUGGGACUCCUGUGGGUCUGCUAUUUAUUCUGCUGAUGCACAUUGUCUCUUGGAGGAAUUCAGUCCCCGACAGUCAAACAUAUAGUAUAUGUAGUGGGGAAAGAUGUCCAAUGUAGCAUUACCUGGAAAUUUGCAAGUACCUUGCAUUGUUGAUCCAAAAUGAUGGAGGUGGUUGAGUUUGCACUGAGGAAAUGUGGAAAUGUAAGGCACGUAUGCAACACUUACUCAUCCACCCUUCUUGUCACAUAAUUUCAUGCAUUUUUUUUAUCUCAUUUCAAAUUUGUAUGUUUUCUUUCGCUCAUCAUUUGGCGCUGCCUUUGUGACAGGUUACCAAACCCAGCUUCCAUUUCUUUUGAAAAUCAGCUUUUUUUUUUCAGCUGUGAAACUUUUACUGACAUUUUUGUUUUUUUUAAAAGCCUCUUUUAAAGAAAUCAUUUAAUGUAUUUUGAAGCUAAUAUUAGUGUUUGCAACACUCUGGCUCUAGGCAUAUAUAUAGGCUAUAUUUUUACAUAAAAUAACUGUUUCUGUGUAAACAAGUCCAUAUGUUUUUAAGUUAUAUUUUAAAAAUACAGUUUAAAAAGCAAAUGAGACCAAAAAGGGUUAAUAUUUAUUGUAAGCUCUAUUUUGAAAAUGUGAAGUGCGUAAUCAACAUCAGGAAAGCCUCUCAUCACUGAAAAGUACCAAACUGUAUGUUUAUGGUGGGUGGUUAUUGUAAAGAGAUUAUUGUGGUUUCCCCAGUUUUGAAGUGUGCUGCAUGAUGUGCGACGUGGUCUGAUGUUGCCCUCAUAAACAAGGAAAGGAGCAUCCUGAGCGUCAGACUGAAGCUCUUUACUGUUCAGAACAAAACACUUCAGAUGUUAGGGUUAUUACACGUGUCAGGUGGCUCCUUCACUUUGAAGUCCAUGCUGUAGUUUGAGUCUCCUUGGGAACUUGAACGUUUACUGAAUUUGUGUUUUUGGUCUCUAAACAGACACUGACAUAAUACACCUUUAUUUUUUUGCUUCUUUCUUAUUUUUCAAAGGAAAUUAUUCAGUUUGGUAACUUUUCUCAAAAUAAAAAUGUUGCAUAACUUAAA